AUGUCCAGAACCCCUAGUCUAGGGUUACACCGGAUCCAACUCCGGACCUUCUUCUUAUCGCGCAUGCAAGACGUGCAUGCCACACAGAAGAAUUUAUCCACGCUGGAUUUUAACUACAUCAACCCGACCGCUCUUCCAGAGCAGUACCGCGAGCACCUCCCAUCCCAAGCGGAGUGGAGCACAGAACGAAACGCACAUUUCGUAGGAGGAAGGCCUGUAUUCAUCAGGCCAGACAAUCACAACUUCGACUACUCCCCAGAGGAAUUUGAAAGGACACUUCCCCAUAAUCUUGGUGGAAUAGUGCUCCAGCACAUCGCAGACAGCGAUAUAACGACCUCCUAUCCAGGAGAAAGACCAGACGCCCCUUGGAACCCCCCUGCCCAGAAUCCUGUACCCCAACCGACUCUUGCACCAAUCGUACCCGAUUACAUACCACCGAUGGCUACAGUUACCAUGGAUGAAGGACGUCACCAUGCUAGCCAGAAGGAACUUGGUUUUAGAAAACCCGAGAUCUUCAACGGUUCAGACCGUUCAAAGCUUAGGGAAUUUAUAAACCAAUGCAAGAACUACAUGGCCGGAAAUAGCCAUGUCUACCAGGAGGACAAUCAGAAGAUCGCAUUCGUGCUAUUGCACAUGCAAGGAGGAACAGCAGGAUCAUGGGCACAGAGCUUCAUAGAAACGGAACUCACCAAUGAUGACUUCCUUUCUUAUGGGAGUUGGAGAGACUUCAUUGCAAGUGUGAACAAAGCAUUUGGCGAUGAAAAUAUUGAAGAAACCGCUCGUACCUUGCUGCGUAACAUCAAGCAAGGAACUCGUACUGCGGACGACUACAUUGCCGAAUUCCGAUCGCUUGAAUCCAAGGCGAAACUAGAAGAUGCCGGAAAUAUCGAGUAUUUCAAGUGGGGACUUAACGACCCACUCCGACAAAGGAUAUAUGGGAUGGAAAGCAUGCCCAAGACACUUGACAAGUGGUACAAAUACGCCUCGCGGUUUGAUAACCAAUGGAGAUCUGCUCAGAUCUUCAAGCGAGGAGCCACUACGACGACACGAAGAAAGGGCCGAUCUGUCCAUCGUCCCUACUACUCGGCUUCUGCAAAGGAUCCAAAUGCGAUGGAUGUUGAUCGUGUCAAUAUCUCGCGCUUAUCCCCAGACGAGCGACAGAAGAGAAUGAAAGAAGGAUUAUGUUUCCUAUGCGGAAAGAAGGGCCAUAUAGCCAACGACAGACAAUUUCACCCCCAGUCUGGAAGUUUCACCCGUGCUAGAACGAUACAGCCCGGGUUAGACACAGACACGAUCACAUGGAUCAAGAAGAUGCGAGAAGACCUCGCACAGAAGAAGGAGACGUCGAAGGAAGAAACCAGAGAGGAACAGAUCGCCUAUGUGCGAAACGUCUUCAACGACAUGACUGACGAAGAACGAACCCAAUUGGCCGAAACGUUCAUGAACAUUCGUUUUGCGGAAGAAAACGAUUUCAUCAGAUGGGAAUUACCAAAACCGAUUACAGUCAUGAAUGCAGAUGGCACACCAAAUCAAAUGGGCACCAUUACUCAUUGUACCUGGAAGAUGAUGAAAAUCGGAGGAAGGAAGACGCUUACUCGCUUCCUCUUGACCGGCAUUGGCAAAGAAAACAUACUUCUCGGCAUGCCGUGGCUUAAACGCCUCAAUCCGAUGAUCAACUGGGAAACCGGUGACUUUUGGUUUGGUAAAGACGCCAAAUGGCCACCGAAACCCACCGUCGAAGAUGCACCAGAUAAAGAAGUUUCGAUUUUCAAGGAAGAUGGACUCCCAGAGUUAAUCACCACCGAAACUUCCCCUACCUCGUUUAGACAUUCGGAGUCUAUUAGAGAAAUCAUGGCCGAUAACACUGAGCGUGGCGAGUUACCCGCAGUGCGGAAUGAUACUGAACCAGAUGACCCACCAUCAGAAACCCCUAUGGAUCAGCUCGAUGACGACGAUCUAGUUAUAUCCUAUAUCGCAGGAGAGCCAGUCAUUGGGAUAUUUGAACCCAUCAGGAAGGAGUCACCUUUGACGAAUGAAGAGACUGAAACCGCAGUCUUCACCAUACGAAGAGGCCCCGCCAUUGGAAGAAUGACACACAGUACUCGAUCCCCAUUAUUCUGUAACGCACAGAAUACGGUCUUUUACAAACCAUCCGGUAAAUCACAAGAAUUGGCACAACAGGCACACAAGGAAGCAUCAGCUGUAGACAAACCCAAAACCGUCGAGGAGUUGGUCCCCAACUACCUCCACGAUUUGAAGUCCGUCUUUGAAAAGAAAGCAGCUGAACGCUUUCCAGAAACCAGGCCUUGGGACCACGCCAUUGACUUGAAACCCGAUUUUAUUCCACGCGACUGUAAAGUCUAUCCGUUAUCGCUCAAAGAACAAGGAGCGAUGGAUGACUUCCUGGAAGAAAAUCUGCGAAAAGGAUACAUCCGACCGUCGAAAUCUCCCAUGGCUUCACCAUUUUUCUUCGUAGGAAAGAAAGACGGAGCACUACGUCCCUGUCAGGAUUACCGAUACCUGAAUGAAGGGACGGUGAAGAACGCCUAUCCUCUUCUGCUCAUCUCUGACCUUAUGGAUCAAUUCAAAGGUGCAUCGAUCUUUACAAAAAUGGAUUUACGCUCCGGAUAUAACAACGUCAGAAUCAAAGAUGGUGACCAAUGGAAGGGCGCAUUUAAGACAAAUCGCGGACUUUUCGAACCUAUGGUCAUGUUCUUUGGACUCUGCAACUCCCCGGCGACUUUCCAAAUGAUGAUGAACGCACUCUUCAAGGACAUGAUCGAUGAGGGAUGGAUAGUCAUUUACAUGGAUGAUAUCCUCAUCUUCUCAAACGAUUUGGAAGAACAUCACGUUCGAACCCGACGCGUACUCCAACGACUCGAAGACAACGACUUAUUCCUUAAACCGGAAAAGUGUUUCUUUGACGUUAAAGAAGUCGAAUUCCUAGGCAUGAUCAUUCGAGAAAACUACAUUGGCAUGGACCCUAUCAAACUUAAAGGAAUUGCAGAAUGGCCUGAACCAAGCACGGUAAAAGGUGUUCGCUCUUUCCUAGGGUUUGGAAACUUCUAUCGGAAGUUUAUUGCCAACUUCUCGGAUAUUGCCAAACCAUUGACGAAUCUUACGCGCACUGCCGCUGGAUCCCCACCUUUUGAAUGGACGACAGAAUGUCAGACAGCUUUCGACACGUUGAAGCAACGAUUCAGUACCGCACCAGUACUGUUACUGCCUGACAAGGCAAAACCCUUUAUUGUUGAAUCCAACGCCUCCAAGUUUGCUACGGGUGCAGUUUUACGCCAAGCCGACAUCAAUGGAGACCUCCAUCCUUGUGCCUACAUUUCACAGACGUUCAAUCCAGCUGAACGGAACUACGAAAUCUACGACCGCGAACUCCUCGGAAUCAUUCGAGCCCUCACUGAAUGGCGCCAUUAUCUUGAAGGCUCUCCCCAUCCCGUCGAAGUUCGUAGUGAUCACAAGAACCUCACGUACUUCCGUACAGCUCAGAAGUUAAACCGCCGACAAGCACGAUGGAGUCUCAAAUUAUCACAAUUUGAUCUUCACCUCAUCCAUGUCCCUGGCACUCAGAUGAUCCAAUCUGAUGCGCUAUCUCGUCGUAACGGACUCGAUGACAGUGAAAAUGACAAUGAAGAUCGCGUUCUUUUACCCAACGCACUAUUCGUGCGAUCCAUUUCCCCGACACUAUUCGACGAAAUCAGGAAUCAUGCAGCAAAAGACCUCAUUGUUCACGAAGCCCUCGAAGCGAUUGCGCACAAAGGGCCAUUUCCCAUGAAAUCAUCGCUUUCUGACUGGGAAGUUCGCGAUGGUGUCAUCCUCUACAAGGGAAAGAUCUACGUUCCACCAUCCGAAACUCUUCGUCGUGACCUCGUUCGACUACAUCACGACUCCCCUGCCAUGGGUCACCCUGGAAAGUUCAAUACUCUUGAACUGUUACGUCGUGAAUUCUGGUGGCCCGGCAUGUAUACAUUUGUCUACAAUUAUGUUGAAGGCUGUGCCGCCUGUCAACAAAUGAAACCGAAUACUCAUCCAACUCGUAUUCCUUUGAAACCAAUUCCCGCCGACCCACACGCAUUACCAUUUUCCUGUUGCACCACCAAUUUUAUUACCGACCUCCCCGUUUCCAACGGUUUUGAUUCAAUUAUGGUCGUAGUAGACCAUGACCUUACGAAGGGGGUGAUUCUUACGCCCUGCCUCAAAACGAUCACAGCCGAAGGAACGGCCAAGAUUUUUCAUGACAAAGUAUACUCGCGAUUUGGAUUACCCGACCGAAUCAUCUCGGAUAGAGGACCUCAAUAUGCAUCCAAGGUCUUUCAAGAGUUAAAUCGACUACUCCAGAUCAGAUCAUCAAUGAGCACAGCUUAUCACCCUCAGACGGACGGAGAAACAGAGCGAGUCAACCAGGAGCUGGAAAUCUAUCUUCGACUCUAUUGUGGAAACAACCCUGAAACAUGGGCCGACCGCCUGCCAGACCUCGAGUUUUGUCAUAACACAAGGGAACACUCGGCACGGAAGAUGAGCCCAUUCCGCAUCAUGAUGGGAUACGAACCACGUGGACUCCCUUCUGUAUUUCCGACCACGAACAUUCCAUCGGUUGAAUCCAGGCUUGACAUGUUGCAGAAGAUAAGACUAGAAGCACUAGCCAUGCACGAGUUAGCCCGACAACAGAUGGCGGACCGAGUCAGACAAGGAUCGCCGAAGUUUACACUAGGACAGAAGGUCUGGCUAGACUCGAGGAACCUGAAGGUCAAUUACGCCUCGCGCAAGAUAGCACCAAAGCGUGAGGGGCCAUUCGAAAUUGUCGAAGUCAUCGGACCGGCCAACUAUCGUCUCAAACUCCCAAAGACCUGGCGAGUUCAUCCCGUAUUCCACGCCGCCCUUCUAUCUCCUUAUCGCGAAAACGACAUACAUGGUCCGAAUUACAUGAACCCACCACCUGAUGUCGUUGAUAACGAAGAAGAAUUUUCUUUUCCAUUCAAUGGGCAACCCAAUAGCCUGCCGGAUACAUCUGCUGGCUCCGUUGCACCACAUAACACCAUUGUCAAUAAGCCAUCAAUUGAGAUGCUCGGCAGGGUGUCAUUCUUUACACUGUUACAUCCAGUACAAGGGAACCAAGCAGCCAUCGGACGACACUGCCCCGACGCGCCCCUCGGGCUUGCACGCGCGCCGUGGCACACCACCUGGGAGUGCUUUGCCUGCCUCGCCCUCACGCACCUUGCCGUUGUCCACGCGGUGAGCCCUUCCGUGCCCACAACUGCCCUCCUCCCCAUGCUCCACUGCCUGCUCUCCCCGCCCUCCUCCCUCGCUGUCGCAGCAGGCCCACCUAACCUGCAGCUCGUCCUCGUGCAGGUCAUCGGAGGCGCGUGCAAUGCGUCUGCUGCACAUGCAUAUACGGCCACGCUCAAUGCCACGGCGACCACCGCGGGCGGGCCUGUGCUGCGCAUCAUCACCGAGUGUGCGCCGCUGUUGGUUGUGCGCCAGUGA